UGAGAAAUGGAAUAACGCUCAGAGAAUUCUCCGCGGCCUAGAAUGGGAAUCCUCAUGUCUGCUGUCUUCACCUAACACGAGGCCAUUUUAUGAUAUCGACUACCAAACUCUAGUACGAUCAUCUUUCCUAUCUCUUUCCCUGACCACCAAUGCAUUCAGCUUACCCAAAGUCUAACUUCCCUUACUAUGGUCAGCCAUACCAUACAUACUACCCUCCUGGCUAUCAGCAGCAGCAGCAGCACCAGCGACAACCGUUUCCUACAUCUGAUCCAUACAAUUCUCCACCGUGGCCUCGCGAAAAUUAUCAGGCCACUCAAUAUUCACAAGGUCAUCUGGACCCAAACACACCAUUCAUCCCACCAAGCUCCGAGCCAGCCCCGCCCCCACCACGAGUCAAGCGCUCUAAUACAACACGUCCAAAGCCUUCAUAUAACCCCGAGAAGGCCCAACUCAAGUCCGCAAUGAAGAAGAACGGCCCUCGCCGCUCAGAUACCAUUAGCGCCGCCCCACCCCCUCUUGAGCGUACUCGAACUUCUUCCAGUGCACGCCAGCGCCUCAUGCCCAUGACACGCUCCAACGGCAUGAAUUCUAACCCGUCCUAUCUUCCAGAACACUUGUUUGUCUCUUUUCACGGCACAAACGAGCUCCGCAUGGGCAAUGUGGCCUUCCAAGAUACCAUAGAAGAAAUAAAGGAGAAUAUCAUCCCCAUGUGGCCACACGGUGUAUCCACAGCAAUCCCCAUUCAUCACGCAUUUCGCAUUCUCUUUAACAGGAAUCCUUGGACUGCGAGCGGGAGUGAGGGGGUCAUCGCACAAAAAAUGAUAUGCGAACUCUUUACUUGUCUCGCACACAACGGCUAUCAGUACCGUACCUCUCUUAGUACAGGCUAUUCCUAUCCACAGCUGGUAUUUCAAGAUAGCGGUCCCGAUGAUCACUGUGACUUCUUUGCCGCGCAUAUCUCGCGCUCGGGACACAGGAUGACACUCGUCCGGCCCCCGCGCCGCGUCGGCGAGCAGAUUGGUCCCCGUCUCCGUGCUGCAUGGCCGUUUAAAAUUGCUGGAGACCGAACAAGUGAGGACGAAAUUUACACAAUUGAGCUCAAAAGGACUGCAAUUGGCGCCCCUGAUUUAAGCAAAGACGUGUUUGCAGCAUCUGCGCUAAAAGAAAUCAGUACGAUGGGCUACAGGCUUGAAGCCACCGUUCCUCUUGCGCGUACAGGGAUGCUUGGGUUUGGGAACAAGAAGGAGAUCUGGAUCUUUCGCGGGACGAGGAUGCGUUCGCGUGCCAAUUCGCGCGCCGGUUCGCGUGCUGGCCAGAAUGUUGAUCACUAAGAGGACGGACGUGUCAACAAACGAUGGAGUUCAUUUGUGACAGAGUCCACGUACCCACUACCCCAAGGACGGGGUGUAACGACAAGAUGACAAGACUGCAAACGACGUGCUCAUGAUGUAUGAUUACCAUAUGUAUUUAUAGUUCUAAUUCUGCUCGUCUGUGCAGUGCGGGCUGGAAGGAUAUAUAUUGUACCGUCAUGCAGGCGGUGUAUCCUUUUACAUACAUGCUAUUACUACUAUGUACAGACUAGCAUUUGCGUUUGUAAUACAGUGCUACAUAUUCACCUACAGGAGUGUGCCUCUUUUUGGUCCGCAUAAACUCCAUCUGUACAGCUACU